AUGUUGCAAGCGGCUGGUCAGCUGUUAAAACGAGUGCUGAUGGUACCCCCGAAACACUAUAACAUCGAGUAUAAAAUUAACCCCUGGACAGGAGGACAGAUCGAUGAGAGUAAAGCAUUCGAACAAUGGAACUCACUCAAAGCGGCUAUCGAAAAACAAGGAGUAGAGGUGAGUUCCUCCAGCGUUCGAGCUUGCUCAUAA